AUGAAUUCGGAGACUUUCGUUGAGCGCGGCUCAGUAGAGAUCCUAAAUACAAACCAGCCGUUGAACAAUAUCAACAACGCGUGGCAACGGUCAUCUGCCUGCGGCAAGGCUGUUAACCCCAAGUUCUUUGAAUCACAAAACUUUCCAUCAAACGAACCUAAAAUCCAUCGUCAACCUCAAGGUAGUCCAAGAGAAAGACAUCCUUGCUCCCCACAGGAAAACGGUCAUAAUUAUUCGCAAAACCCUUUCCAGGCUGUCUCCAGAUCCCCCAAGGGUCCUAUCGCGCAGAGCCCCUUACCAGAAAACCACCCGGGUGCCUCGCAGAGCCCUCUUCAGGCCGUUACUGCAUCUUCUAUUGUGCAGAGAAAAUCCUCGCUGGAAAAUAGCCCGAGUACCUCGCAGAAUCCUGUUCAAGCUAAUACUACGAUACCCAUUGUGCGGUACACCCAAGUAGCCUCUCCAGAUUAUGCCGAUCCAAGAAGGGUACCUGGUACGGAUAAGAAUAUCUACCCUCGUGCACCAAUCAAAUCGGAAUUUCAAGAGCGAUAUCCACAACUUGUCGAUUUUUUUAAGCAGGCUGUGGAUACUCACAAAGUUCUAAAGUAUCACACUUCAAAGAUCAACUAUGAGCUACGUUUAUGUGGAAGCACUCCAGCAAACGCAGUUGCCUCGGUCAUCAUCUUUUGCGCUGAAGCUCUUUUCAAAUGCCUAAGAUCAUUAUUAGGCAGCAAGCACAUCCGUCGACAAUAUCAGCUGAUGAAUUCUUCCCUUUGGGACAAAUUUCAAUUGGCUCCUAGCAAGCCUCAUCCACAAGUAUCUGCUCCUAUUGUAUUACCUUUCAAUGUCGUCUACUGGAGGGAAGCAAACACACCUACCCAACGAAAGUCCGCAAUGGAGCAAGUGGUUGCCAGGAACCAUUCGUUUCUCACAAUGUGUGGAUCAUUAAUAAAGUAUGGUGAUCGUACCUCGACUCUAGGGCUACUUAUUAGUAUGGACUCUAAGCUAUAUGGUUUGACUGUGGAUCAUUUGUUCAAGGAUCAGCAGGGUGAAGAACAACCAACGACGGCAAACGAAGCAGAAGUUUUGUAUGAUGAGGAUGACUCCGAAGAUAGUGAACCAGAGUGGCCAUGGAUUGAUGAUGUGAAAUACGAAGACUUUGAGAAUGGCGAAUGUGUUUCGGACGCUGAAUCAGUAUCAUCCGGAGGAUCACAUGCCAAAACAACCAUUGAUCACGGGCCGACUGAACAGUGUGGUGAAUCUAUAAGUGGCCGCAAGGUGGAUAUACUGUCUGUAAUAGAUACGACAGCGAAUCUCGACUGGGCCUUGAUUGAAUUUGAUAAUGGAUACUAUGAGCGACCUAACGCGUUUUAUUCGAAAGAUGACCCCGCAAAUCCCAAGUUCUUUCGGACUCUUUCGGCAAUUCCCAAAACUAGCGACGUCAACGUGUUCAUGAUCUCUGGAGUAAGCGGAACAAGAAAGGGCGUAAUGCUUAACAACAAAUCUUACAUUGGAGGCAAACCAAAUGAAGAUCUCUGUCAGGCGUGGAACGUAAUUUUGUCUGACUCUGACUGUGUCAUUGAUGGUGAAUGUGGAUCUUUGAUCGUAGACCAGGAGUCUCUAGAGGUUUAUGGUCACGUAGUUGCAUCGAAUCCGCUUGGCGAAGCUUAUGUAGUCCCUCUACAAGAUACAUUCCAACAAAUCAGCAAUAGUCUUGAAGCAAAGGAUCUAUCUUUGCCCAAUCCAAGGGUACUUAUGGAGAGACUUGUCACUCAUUACUCCCAGGAAGGCGACAGUGGUGUAGCAGACAAGGCUAAACAAAUUCUUGCUUCAAUGGAAGAGCCAGAAGUAGAAAGACCAUGUCUGAUGUGCGAUCAGUCAGAUCAAAAAAAUGUUCUCUUAUCAUGCAAUGGAUGCAAUGCUUCUUAUCAUACACAUUGUAUCGAUCUAGACAAUAUUCCUGGUGGCUACUGGUAUUGUAUGAAAUGUGUGGAAAGUGGUGCUUUUGGUCAAUAUGAUGAAUCGCAAGGACCGGUGAGAGGUUCCAAAUCUCCAUCAGACUCUUUGGGUGAACAAGAUAAGCGCUUGCAUUCGAGUUCUAAUAGCACUAUCCAAAGUGGAAAUAGCAGCGAACUCCCAAAUCCUUCAUUGAGCGCAAAUGAUCAAACUACUUUUCUGCCUCAAUCUAACAUUGUUCUUCCAUGCGAAUUCAUAUGGAAUGAUUGUGGAGUAACAUUCAAUUCAGAAGAUUUCGAAAAUUGGUUUGCACACAGUCUAACGCAUUUCAAAAACCUUCCUCCUCCAUCGAAAUGCUUUUGUCAUUUCUGUGAUAAAGAAUUCGAAGAUAUCGAUAAUUCAUACAAGAAUUGGCGCAAUAGAAUGAUACACAGUCGUGAUCAUUUCCUUGAUGGAAAAACAAAUAUUCAACCAGAUUUUUUGGUAAUAGAAUAUAUGUGGAAGAAUAAUCUAAUAGAUGAAGCUGAUUAUACUUUGACUAAACAAUAUAUUGAAUAUCCAUCAAUAUCGAAUCUUAUACUAAAAGGAUUUGAGACGCCUGAGUCAAAAUAUCCUAUCGAGAAUCAUCCUGAUGAAGGUACAUCGACUGAUCUUGGUCCAUCUGUCAGCAACCAACAAGAAAUCCCGCAUAUUCCUUACCAGCGUCAUAAUCUCCCGCAGAUGAAAUCAGCGGAACAGAAUCCCCCUUGCAGUACUCUCUUUGUGGGAAACCUCCCGAGGGAUACAUCCGAGGAAGAACUUAUGGCAAUGUUUUCUAAGCAGAAAGGCUUCAGACGCUUAUACUUUACAUCUGGACCGAAUCGUCUAAUGUGUUUCGUCGAAUUUGAGGAUGUUUCCUUUGCCACCAAAUGUAUCCAAGACCUUAAUGGGAUGUCUCUUCAAAACAGCACUAAAGGCAACAUUCGGUUGAAGUUUUCCAGAAUUCCGGUUCAUGUGCGUUCCGGCCCAUCCCUGGAGGCCGAGGAAGUUAUUCCGUUCCUUCCAAGUCAUCAUCAUCAUCAUCGAAGGUCAAAUUGCACUUCAUGGAGUGAAUGGGAAUGGGAUCAUGAUAGGAAGCAAUGGCAAUCUCAUGGCACCGAUUCCAGGGGGAUUAUCGAAUGGAAAUUUAAGCGCGACCAAUCAACUUCGACCUCAUCUGUCGCUGCAAAUAUGUCAGACUAUGGUACCAUUAUAUCUCCAUCAGCACCAAAUUAUGAAGAAAGCAGGUACAAUGUUGACUCCAGCAGUCUCAAGCAAUCUGAAGGAUACAGUGGUACAGAGCAACCUGUAUCAACACAAUAUCCGCCAACACAAUACCCUCCAUCGCAAUAA